CGUUGACAACAUAAAGCAUUGUUUAUAUAAAAUAUUAUAUUAUAAUUUUAUUGAAAAAUACAUCAUGGACGUAAAAGUUUUUCAUUAUUUAAUCGAUGCGUUAAAAGUAGCCGGUUGCUCUAUAUAUGAAGACAAUAUACCAGUUUUGUACAAUUCGUUAAUUAGAUUACAAAGUGAAAAUCAUUUCAAUUCUGUGUAUUUGUGGGGCCGUAUCGAAACAUUGUCUAAUGAUUAUUAUAUUGCUUAUGGUCACCAAAAGGAUCCAAUUGAGAAUAGGAUAUUUUUUUAUACUCAAAACCUUUUGGAAUGGGACAUAAUGCCUACCGAUUGGUCAAUACUUGAAACAGAUUUGGUACGACGAAUAAAAACUAAGUUAUACGGUAAUCCAAGGUACCUGGAGACAAUAGAUAACUCAAAUAAAAAGUCACAGGAAACAACAGAAUAUCCAAUAGCACCGAGCGUAGUGAUGAAAUAUGAUGAUUAUGUAGAAAGCGGGGAAGAAGAUGUACAAAAUAUAGAAAAUAUAACUUUUAAUGAUGUCAUAUCAAUCAAUGAAGCUGACGAAAUUAUGGAAACGGAAUCUUUUGAUGAUCCUUCUAAUUUAAAAAGUUCGAUUAAAGAAGAAGAUAGACUAGCCAUAACCGUUCAAAUGAUUGACAACGAAUGUCACAUAGUGCCACGGGGAUAUUUUUACAAAUUGCCAAAUGGAAACAUAAUCAAAGCUCCUUACUUUAAGGGUUUAGAUUAUUCAGAAAUUGGAAAUGAACAAAAUUUUUUACACAUAAAUCCACAGUAUUGUCGACCUAAAGGUCCAACAAAUGAUGUGCGACCAGAUUACAAUGGAUCCAUUGAUUUUUUAGAAUCAAUAGAUAAAGAUAUACCAAAAGGGUGUUGGACUUCUCGGAUUUUAUCAAAUCGAUAUUUUAUUAUUCAUAGUUUACUAUGGCCAGGCGCUGUAUUCUUCCAAGAUAUGAAUACGGGCAUACACGGUUACUUCUACAACGGAUAUGGUCUAAAAAAUUUAGAUUUGCCGUUUAUGAUCUAAUUUUAUAUCUUUUUUCAUAAGUGUAUUAAAAUAUUUAUGUAAAAUUUUCAACUAUGCUAUAAUCAAAGUUAUGAUAAUUUUUUUCAGUUUAUUUGGAAAUGAACACAUGAUAAUAUUAAUUCGAUUGUCAAAUUUAUAAAUAAUUAUAUAACUAU